AUGUGGAUGUACUAUGCGGUCGAGCAUGAUUUGGGUUAUAAGGGGGACCAGAAUUCGAAAGAGCUUGACCGAGCCUUGGAGAUAUUGAAAGGGGCGACGAAUCUCACCACAGAAGCGUUUGAGCAAUUCGAGGAGGUACUUGGAAAACAGAAAUUGCUAGAAGGCCAAACUCGGGUCGCAAGUUCUUUUGUUCAGAGUACGAACCUGAGCUCGGAGGAGAGAGUUGCAAGCCAGAUUCAGAACUUGUUGGACCCUGAGAACCAGGAAUUACUGAGUAAACUGCUUCAGGCUCAUGCUACUAAUGCUGUUCGAGGUAGGUCUAAUCAUUCGUUGCUUCUGGGGGAAUCAAUGUUGUUUUGCGAUGGAAAGAAUGUGUGCUCUCAAACAACUUGUUAAUCGUCGUAACUUUGUCUACGAUAUACACUUGCCAUGCGGGUUUCGGAUAAUUGAAGUAAUUGUUCGAGAAUAUUUAGAUUAAUUACUUGAAUUUGUUCUAGAGAAGAGAGGAGGGAGUGAUUUGAUCCUGUUUUUUCUGUCGUAGCGAAAUUGUUUAUUGACGUAUGUGCACUAAUUUUUUGAAAAAGUCAGUCAGAUCGCUUCUAUUGUACCCAUACUGCAUGACUCCCUCAAAAGUAAGUGUACAACCCUCUAUACCUUCACAAAAGAAACUUUGAGUCAAUCUAAUAAAAUCACACAGAGAAUGAAAGACAGGCUUUGUUCAGUUGGCUAUCCAAAAUGCAACCUAAGCAAAACCAUAAAACGAUUGGAAAAGACUUCAUGACUGGCUCAGGGAAAUGGUUGCUCGAGAAGCCUAGCUUCAAUGAGUGGCGGGAGGGGAAGAAGUCUUCUAUACUGUGGCUACAUGGUAUCCGUAAGUACAUAAACUUUGCCCAUAAAGGAUGUCGUGUUGACGUCAAAUAGCCGGGUCAGGAAAAACCAAACUGGUGUAAGAACUCGAACCUCGCUUAAUUCAAAAUACUGAAAUUAUCAGAUACUCGGUAAUUGAACGCUUCAGCAAUGGGAACGAGAAUGAUCUCGCAGCUGGUACCCUUGCCUUUUUCUACUGCACACGAAAUGCUUCUGAGCCUGAACGUGCUGAUCCUGAUGAGAUCAUGAGAAGCAUACUGAAACAGCUGUGUUGUACAAAAGUCGUUACGCCUGUUAGAGAACCGCUGGUAAGCAAGUACAAGGAGCUCAAAGAGGAAAGCGAUGAUGAUGGUGUCGAAGAACCGCCUAAACCUACCUGCGACGAGUGUGUUGAUCUCAUCAUCUCUCUGCUAGAGUCAAUCCCAGCGACAAUUAUUCUCGAUGCCUUGGACGAAUGCGAUCCUGAUCGAAGACACGAAUUACUUCUGGCUUGCGAUAAAAUCAUUCAAAGGUCAGUCAAUGUCGUGAGAAUAUUUGUGUCCAGCCGUGACGAUGGAGAUAUCGUUUGUCGUCUGGAGAAAUCGCCGAAUGUAUAUAUCAAAACCGAAGACAAUCACAAAGACAUCAAGCGCUUUGUUUUGUCCGAGGUGGGACAAUCUAUUGCGGAGAAGAGAUUGCAAGCGGGGAUUAUCACAGAGGGGCUGAGGAAACGAAUUGUAGACACCCUCGUCGAAAAGUCACAAGGGAUGUAGGUAUUGCUAAACUACUUUGGUGGGAGAGUUACUCAUUCGUAUACUAGGUUCCGCUGGGUCAGUCUGCAGAUUCAGAAUUUGUGCGAUUCUCAACGAAUCAAGCACGAAAUUGAUGUUGUGGAAGAACUCGGGAAGCUGCCCCGGACUUUGAAAGAAUCAUACGAGAUCACCUAUCAAAGGAUCCAAGAAGCUCCAACGACGAGUUGUCGAGUUGCGAAACUCGCGAUGACAUGGCAACUAUGCGCACAUACUCCUCUGAAUACACAGGAGUUCAUUACAGCCGUGUCUGUUGACACCAACGCCACUGAUCCUACAGGGUUGUAUAUUACUCUUAGCCCAUCACAAUUGUUCAAUAUGUGCCGCAACUUGAUUGUUUUAGACGAAGAGACGGACAUGUUCCGUUUCGCGCAUUUAUCUGUUCAGGAGUACCUCCAAGAAAGGAAGGAUUUCGGUGAGAGUGCGACGAACGCCAUUGCCCUGGAAAUAUGUAUCCUGGUCAACCACAUCGAACUCCAAGAGUACCCGCGGUCCACCACGUCUUUAUCUAACAUGCAAUUCAAGAACUACGCAAUCAUAACCUGGCCUAUACAUUGCCAAGCUGUUGAUGAAGAAAUAGGACCAAGAGCCAGAGAUCUGGUGAUGGUGUUUCUCUCCUUAAGAUACGCAGCGUGGAGAUCGGCUUUGAGAAUGUUACGUUCCACCCCCGGAGGGAAACUUGUAUUCCCGGACAUGAAUCUUAUUACAUCGACCCCUCUGUAUAUGGUAUUCCGGUUUGUGCUACAUUGGAUUCUACAGGAGUUGAAGAUUUUUGAGCCUUGGUGGAACAUAGAAAGCAAAAGAUCCGAAGGGUCACCUUUGCAUAUUGCAGCUCAUUAUGGGCAAAUCAAGAUAAUACAAUUAGUUCUUCAACAAAAAGAUUUGGAAAAAAGGAAUCUUGGGAAAUCACUUUGGUGGGCCUUGUCAGCCGGGAACUCUGAUAUUGCAAAGCUACUUUUACACGAGGAUAUCGAUGUAAACUUCAAGGAGAUGAUUACCGUACGCCCCUGUCGAUUGCAAUUCAGAGCUGGGACUCGGAGAUAAUUGUUUUGCUGCUGCAAAAGCAAAAUAUAGAUGCAAGUCUCAAGGAAUUUGGAGCUGAAAUUUCCCUGGUCAUCGCCUGUGAGAAGGAAGAGUCGAAGAUCGUAGCAUUACUAGUCCAAUUCGAAGGCAUCGAUGUAAAUGCAAGAGCUGGUCGAGGCGGAACACCCCUUUUGAUUGCCUGUCAAUCCGAGAACCUGGAAAUUAUUACAUCACUACUCCAAGUCAAGAGCAUUGAUAUAAAUGCCAGGGAUAAACGGGGACGUACAUCCCUAUUUAUUGCCUGUGAAAAGGGAACUGUGAAAGCAGUCUCUUUACUACUCCAAUUCAACGUUAUCGAUAUAAACGCUGAAGAUGGACGAGGCCGAACACCUCUCUCACUCGCCUGCGAAAACGAGAAUUUGGAAAUAAUCACACUGCUUCUACAAGCUAAGAGUAUUGAUGUCAAUGCUGGCAGACCGCUCUCGAUUGCGUGUGACCACGGUAACCAAGAAAUCAUUAAGUUAUUGCUCAGACAAAAGAACAUCGACAUAAAUAGUUCCGACUCUGCCGGACCUGUCGGCACCGGCACACCUCUAGAAAUUGCCUGCAAGUAUGGGAACAUGGAACUCGUUACUCUGCUGCUCGAAAGUAAGGACAUCGAUGUGAACGCUGGCAUACCCCUCUAUGCGGCCAGCCAAAAUGGCAAUCUGGAAAUCGUGACGUUAUUACUCCAAGCCAAGGAUGUCAAUAUCAAUGGGAAAGGCCUUGCUAAAAUACCUCUGGCAAGUGCGUGUGAACAAAACAACUUGGAGAUAGUCAAAUUACUACUCGAAAACAAGGAUAUUGACAUAAAUGCGCGAGACCACAAAGACCGCACGCCUCUAAUUAUUGCUUGUGAAGUCGGCAACCUUGAGAUCGUAACAAUGCUACUUCAGAACACAGAGGUUGAUGUGAACGCUGUCCCCCAAGUCUGGGCCCGUCAACAAUUCGAUGCGGUUUGGGUGAGUCCAACCAGUACGGCUCUAGUGACUGCAUGCGGAUCUGGGAACAUGGAGAUUAUUCAAUUAUUACUCCGACAUAAGGACAUCAAGGUCAACACUGGUGACCUCACAGGCGAUACGGUCUUACUCAAAGCAGCUCGGAUGGGCAACUUGGAAAUCGCUACUGCGAGAACUAUGCUGAGGAAAAUGCGAUACACCUAG